AUGGUUUUAGAAGAAAGACCUCAUAUUUAAAAGGUUAGCAUCGAUUAUAAACUUUAUUAGAAUUCCAAAAAGAUUGAAACUUAAGUUUAAUAAAAGUAAACAAAUAAAUAAAGGUACAUAUAUAACAUAAUAAAGUUAAAAAUAAGCUCCAAGUAGAUAAGAAUAAGUUAAAAAAAAGAAAGAUAAUACAUCGAAUAAAAACAGAAAAGCAAAUGAAGAUAAAAUUAAUUUAUAAUUUGAAUACAAACCUGGUAUGGUGAUUACUGAUGACCUAGUGAAUUAAAUGUCUCCUGAAUAAAUUUAUGAAUUGUUUACUUAAUUAGAUUUAGAUAAUUAGGUUGGAUUAGAAAGCAAAAUAUUUAAUUUAGAUAUGAAAAGAGUAUAAAUAAAUGCUACAGAUACUUGUACUAUUUGUAUGGAAGAUAUAUAACCCUAAAAGGAAGCUGCAGAUAUAAGAUUAGAUUGUAAUCAUUAAUUUCACUAUGAUUGUAUCAAAUAAUGGUUAUUGAAAUCAAAAUUCUGCCCAGUUUGUAAGGAAGAUGUUGAUCUUACAAAUUACUAAUAUCUUGAAUGA